AUGGAGGCCCCGCUGCGGCCUGUCGCGGACAUCCUGAGGCGGAACCCGCAGCAGGACUACGAGCUCGUUCAGAGGGUCGGCAGCGGCACUUACGGAGACGUCUAUAAGGCUAGAAAUAUUCAUACAGGAGAGUUGGCUGCAGUAAAAAUUAUCAAAUUGGAGCCUGGAGAUGAUUUUUCUUUGAUUCAACAAGAAAUAUUUAUGGUUAAAGAAUGUAAACAUUGCAACAUUGUUGCCUACUUUGGGAGCUAUCUCAGUCGAGAAAAACUGUGGAUUUGUAUGGAAUACUGUGGUGGCGGAUCACUUCAAGAUAUUUACCAUGUUACUGGGCCAUUAUCAGAAUUGCAGAUAGCCUAUGUAUGCAGAGAAACUUUACAGGGUCUUGCCUAUUUGCAUACUAAAGGCAAAAUGCAUAGAGAUAUCAAAGGUGCAAAUAUUUUAUUGACAGAUCAUGGUGAUGUAAAAUUAGCUGACUUUGGUGUGGCUGCAAAAAUAACAGCUACCAUUGCAAAGAGGAAAUCUUUCAUUGGCACCCCUUACUGGAUGGCCCCAGAAGUUGCAGCAGUAGAAAAGAAUGGCGGCUACAACCAACUCUGUGAUAUCUGGGCAGUAGGAAUAACAGCAAUUGAACUUGGAGAGCUUCAACCACCUAUGUUUGAUCUCCAUCCAAUGAGGGCCCUCUUCUUAAUGUCAAAAAGUAAUUUUCAGCCUCCAAAACUAAAGGACAAAACAAAAUGGUCAUCAACAUUCCAUAAUUUUGUCAAAAUAGCACUAACCAAAAACCCCAAAAAAAGACCAACUGCUGAAAGACUUCUGACUCAUACAUUUGUAGGGCAGCCAGGUCUCUCUAGGGCCCUCGCAGUUGAACUGCUGGACAAAGUGAAUAAUCCAGACAACCAUGCACACUACACUGAAGGAGAUGAUGAUGACUUUGAGCCCCAUGCAAUCAUUCGUCAUACCAUUAGAUCUACAAACAGGAAUGCCAGAGCUGAACGGACAGCUUCAGAAAUAAAUUUUGACAAAUUACAGUUCGAACCUCCUCUGAGAAAAGAAACAGAAGCACGGGAUGAAAUGGGAGUGUCAUCAGACCCAAACUUUGUAUUACAAUGGAAUCCUUUUGUUGAUGGUGCAAAUACUGGCAAAUCAACCUCAAAACGUGCAAUACCACCUCCCCUACCUCCUAAGCCAAGGAUAAACAGCUACCCUGAAGACAACCUCCUAGAUGAAGAAAAAUCAUCAACUGUAAAACGUUGCCCUGAUUCAGAGAACAGAGCUCCCCAGUUUCUCAGAAGACAGAGUAGCCCAAGUUGUGGUCCUGUAGCUGAGACUUCCUCUAUUGGUAUGGCUAGCAGUGUCAGCAGUCCUGGAGUGCAUACAGCUAGAUACUGUGAUCUGGGAGAUGGUGAUGGUAUUUCAAAACUAAUUAGUGAAAAUACAGAAGGAUCAGCACAAGCACCCCAGUUACCACGGAAAAAAGACAAGCGAGAUUUCCCGAAACCAGCCAUCAAUGGCCUUCCACCCACUCCAAAAGUGCUGAUGGGAGCAUGUUUUUCCAAAGUUUUUGAUGGCUGCCCUUUGAAAAUUAAUUGUGCAACAUCUUGGAUACAUCCCGAUACAAAAGAUCAGUACAUUAUUUUUGGAACUGAAGAUGGUAUUUACACAUUGAAUCUCAAUGAGCUACAUGAGGCAACGAUGGAACAGUUAUUUCCACGGAAAUGUACUUGGCUGUAUGUUAUCAAUAAUACUUUAAUGUCGUUAUCAGAAGGAAAAACCUUUCAACUCUACUCUCAUAAUCUUAUAGCUUUGUUUGAACAAGCCAAAAAACCAGGAUUAGCUGCCCAUAUUCAAACUCAUAGGUUUCCAGAUCGCAUACUACCAAGAAAGUUUGCUUUAACAACAAAGAUUCCUGAUACAAAAGGCUGCCACAAAUGUUGCAUAGUCAGAAACCCUUACACAGGACAUAAAUACCUCUGUGGAGCUUUACAGUCUGGAAUUGUUUUACUCCAGUGGUAUGAGCCUAUGCAGAAGUUCAUGUUGAUAAAGCACUUUGAUUUUCCUUUGCCAAGUCCUUUGAAUGUUUUUGAAAUGCUGGUAAUACCAGAACAGGAAUACCCUAUGGUCUGUGUAGCUAUCAGCAAGGGCACCGAGUCAAAUCAGGUCGUUCAGUUUGAGACAAUCAAUUUGAACUCUGCAUCUUCAUGGUUUACAGAAAUUGGCGCAGGCAGCCAACAGCUGGAUUCCAUUCAUGUAACACAGUUGGAGAGAGAUACCGUUUUAGUGUGUUUAGAUAAAUUUGUAAAAAUUGUAAAUCUACAAGGAAAACUAAAAUCAAGUAAGAAACUGGCCUCUGAGCUAAGUUUUGAUUUUCGCAUCGAAUCUGUAGUAUGCCUUCAAGAUAGUGUGUUGGCUUUCUGGAAACAUGGAAUGCAGGGUAAAAGCUUCAAGUCAGAUGAGGUUACCCAGGAAAUUUCAGACGAAACAAGAGUUUUCCGCUUAUUGGGAUCAGACAGGGUUGUCGUUUUGGAAAGUAGGCCAACAGAAAAUCCUACUGCACACAGCAAUCUGUACAUCUUGGCUGGACAUGAGAAUAGUUACUAAACACCAAAACUAUCUCCAGUGACAGGAAAAUGAGUAUACUCCAUUGAAAGCAAAACUCUCUUAAGUUCAGUACAAACUACACUAGGAUUUACUUUAGCUCUUAAUGGGUUCUAUCUCAAGUGAUCUGUACUUUAAGGUGGAAUUCAAUAUUUCUGUAGCUGGAAACAGCGAUUCUAUCUUGCCACUGUGUGGUGGUUAUAUCAAGUUUGCUUAAUAAAAGCUAUGAGACAAAUAGUCCUCUAGUUCCAGGAAACACAGUCUUUUUAAAAAAAAUAAUGUUUGUAACAAGGGUGCCAUGAUAUUUUUAGAUAACAGCUCACGUGAUUAUCUUCAGAAAGAUAAAUUUAGUGACAAUUUUCUUGUUUUAUACCAUGUUUGAUUCCUUCUUAAUGAACAUAAUUUGAUAAAGAAAUUAUCAAAGAAGGCUUUCACUUUUACAUUGGCCAUUCUGUAUGUUUUUGUAAAAUAGAAUAUUUAAUCCUUAUUUAUUAAUCUCUUGCUGGAGUGGUGUAAUGUAUGUAACUUUUAGCAGAGGAGGGUUUCAGAGCAGCUUAAUUUUUUUUAUAAUGUAUAAAAAUUUUGUUUACCUUCCAAGAGUAGUACUUUGAGGGGUUAAAGGCAGAGUGUUUGGGUUCAGUACAUACAUGCAGUUUUACUUAAUACAAGUAUUUUAUAAUACAGUAUCAUCCAGAAUCGCCUUAAAAGGGAGUUUUGUGUUUUCAAUUAUAGAUAGUUGCAGGGGGUCAUACAGAAGAUACUGAUAAUGGCUGAAGGAUUGUUAAAGGGGUAUGUAUGUCUAGAUGUGACUACCAUGUGUAUGUAUUCUCGACAAGCAGUAUAAUAUACCUGUGAUUUUUUUUUACAUUAGGGAUAAUGCAUAAUAAAUUAAUAUUCAUAUAUAUUAUCAUCCCGAAUGUAAGGGGGGAUGUAUUUAACUGCCCAUGAUAUGUAUUUUACUUAUACUGUACCACAGGGGAAACUGUAAAGCAGCUACAUGUGUAAUCUUGGGUUUUUUCACAUAUGUAGGUAUUCAUUUUGAGUAGGUUUAAGAAAAAAAAUAUUUAAAUGAAAUUGAAUUCCUGAUGGGAUAGUAUAAAUAAGUAUUAUAAAAACCAGUAUUCUGAAAAUAAGAAAGGAUAGGGCCAUUUUUGAGUUUGCUUCUCUUUUGCUAUUGUUAGUACUCAGAGUUGAAGUGUCACGUUGGUACCUGUUGUCCUAACACAUUUACUGAGAACAGCUAGCAUUGAGAUCAUGAACAAGAGGCUAGCAAUAGCAAACUAUAGAUUACUUCAGCAGUUACUUGAGAAGAAAACAGUAGAACGAUCUCAUUCAGUCUUUACCAGCUCUGUAAAAUAGGGAGUGUUAUCAUCUCCAUUUUCCAGAUGAGGAAAUAAGCGUUUAGCAAAGUUAAGAGACUUACCCAAUUCACACAGCAAGUUGGUGGUUGAGCCAGACCGUGAGUCUUGUGACUCUGUUCUUUUCACUAUGCAAUACGCAAACAAUAAAAUGUUAUGCAAAUAAAAUAUAAAGUAAAUUUUCUUUUAAAAUGCA